ACUCUCUAUUAUUAGUGACAGCUUUAAAUAAGCCAAUAAUACUAUACUACUAUUUUAAUAGGCUAUACUUUCCUAUGUGUUAUAAUCUCUUUUCUGGCUAAUAAUUUUGUUUUUGAUUUUUUUUUCCUGUGGAAAACCAUAUUUAAGUGGAUAGAUUGGACUCCCUCAUUAUGAAUCUCACUGAUGCUGCUGCAGACAAUGUGCUCCUCUGCUUUCCGCACCUGCCUGACUCCUGCCCCAGAGAACAUCGUUUUCUUGUGCUCAAAGUAGUCAUGUACUUUUUAACGCUUGGUACUAUUCUUAUGACUGUUUUGGGGAACUUUUUGGUCAUCAUAACAAUUUCUUAUUUUAAACAGCUUCAGUCUCCCACCAACCUCAUCAUCCUCUCCAUGGCCUUAGUGGACUGUAUGCUGGGCUGUUUGAUUAUGCCCUUCAGUUUGGUGCGAUGGUUGGAACGCUGCUGGUUUUUGGGAGAGAUUUUCUGUCAAAUACAUUCUGGAUUAGACAUGACCCUCAGUAUAGCCUCUAUACUGCACUUGUGUUUGGUAUCUGUAGACAGAUAUAUGGCCAUUUGCGAUCCUCUGAGUUACAAAAUGAAUGUGACAAAUUUCAGCGCGGCAGUGUGCAUUGCUGUCAUAUGGCUGUUUUCUGUCACGUUUAGCUUCGGAGUUGUUCUGUCUAAAAUAAACAUUGUAGGUCUGGAGGAGCUUUUAAUGCAGGCUGCAUGUGUUGGAAGCUGUGCUUUGAUUUUUAACAGACAGUGGGGUGUUAUAGUGUCACUUGUUGCUUUUUUUGGUCCGGGAGCUGUCAUGAGCGCUCUGUACCUCAAGAUCUUUCAUGUUGCAAGAAAACAGGCUAAAAUAAUGUCUGAAAGGUCAACUGUGAGACAGACUAAUUCAGAAACUAAGGCCCAUUCAUCAGAACACAGGGAGAGAAAAGCAGCUAAAACUCUUGGAAUUGUCAUGGGCAUUUUUCUACUUUGUUGGCUGCCAUUUUUUAUUGUUACAAUAACUGAUCCAUUCCUUAAUUUCUCAACCCCAAUAGAUGUUUUUGAUGCACUGGUCUGGUUUGGGUACCUUAAUUCAACCUUUAACCCCUUGAUCUAUGGCUUUUUUUAUCCCCGCUUUCAGAGAGCAUUUAAGAUCAUCAUAUCUAAAGUUCUACACCUCAAUAAUGCAAAUAAUUUAUUACUUUAAUUCCUGUUUCACAGUUAGUCAAAGAAGAAUGAAGGAAUGAUGUACAAUACAUUUAAUGAAUAAAAUUGUAUUGCUAUCACUUAUUAAAAUAAGAUAAACUUAAAUCACUGUUUAAGGUGUGCAUGAAUCGUUGAUAUAAUAUACAAAACAAAUUAAGAACUGUAUCUUUUCCCACAAAUUCACAUCUGUAUCAGAUAUAAGUGGUGAAUAAACUUGUAUACAGACAUCUUUCUAAACAGAUGGGCCAAACAGGCCCAGCGCAAGUAAGAACUUAAAAGUAAGUUUGUCAUACAAUAAAAACUGUUAUGACUGUCAUGUUGUCAGUCUGAAAGAUUGUUUCAAUGAAGGUUUAAUCAUAAAAAAAGCUUAUUUUGGGUGGCCUAUAUGUAAUAUAAUAGUUUUUUUGGGUUUUAAAUAUAUGUAGACUACAUAUAGAAAUUAUAUAUCAUAUAAUGAUCUUUUGUCUGCUCACAAUAUACUAUUUUAUGCUGUUAAGGCUGUCAUUGUGAGACCCACACAGCAACCUUUGACGCAAGACGUGGGCCAUAUUCUUUACUAUAGAUGUUCUAUAAUUUUGUUUAUAUAAAAGCAUUAUAAGCAUAAUAAAACAUAGUAACUAAAGCAAAAUUUAACCAUUACAUCAGCCAAAGUCAGAUACAUCUAUUUCCUUUAAUGAACACGCUAAGCUUCUCAGGAUAAAUAGGUCCUGGAGUGUGUUUCUUUAUAGUGCAUUUAAAGGCCUUGGCAUUUGCGUUUUGUAUUGAGUUCUGGCCUUUCCCAGGAUUUUUAAAUAUUACUGCUUAAAUUUGUAGCUCAAAUAAUAAACAUUUUCCAUAAACGUCUUUUCCAUUAAGGCAAAACAAUAUUCCAGUCAUCGUAGUUAAUGUAGUUUCAGUGAUAAAAAAAAAAAAAACAUUUCACUUGAAUUAACUACAAUUAAUUUAUAUUCAUUAAAAUUAUUUUC